AUGUCGUCUACCAACGCUUUCAAAUUUUUUGAACACUGGAACACUAUGGCUGAUGGAUUAAAGGUUUUACUGGAGACUGUUAUAAAUUCAAAUUCACUCAGUCCAAAGGACCUCGAACAUAAUACAAGAAUAAUGGAAAAUGCUCAAGCUAUAAUUCUUGAACUUUUGGCUAAGAAGGCUUUGAUGCUUAACCCAGCGUCUCCUUGCCCAUCACUUUCAGAACCAAAAGAAGUUCUUGUCUCAAUCUUUCCAUUUGUCAAGUUUGAGACACAGCGUGUUUUGCAGGAUGUCAAUGAAUCUGUUGGUUCCACUUCGUCUGCGUCAUCUUCGAGAAACGGCAGAGAGACAUCCAUAUUUUCUUCUUUGUCUACCAGCUCUGAUUACAAGGCUUGCUCGGUUUCGAGUGAUAAUUCAAUUCGAAUCCAAUCGACUAUCGAAUCCGGAAGCUCCACACCUAGCACAGAAACUUCCGGGAGAACAACAGAAUCCUUGGACUGGCCUUGUGAAUAUCAAUCGCCUUUGAUGAUUCAAAGAAUGACGGACGCGUUGAUGCAAUCGACAAAAAUGAAAAAGUACUGCAACUAUACCGAGCAACAACGGCAACAACUCAAUACAUACUUUGCAAAAAAGGCUUAUGUGACCGGUGCGGAGAAGAAAAAAUUAGCAGAAGAAACUGGUUUAACUGUGAAGCAAGUUAGGGAAUGGUUUAAAAACAAAAGGGUUUCACAAAAAAAAAUUAAAUAA